UGAAAAAUACCUUUAUAACUUAUGUGGCUAUACGCGCUUCGUCAUGACAUGGACGGACGUCCUCUGUGCUUGGAGUCGGUGAAAAAAACCUGGAUAUGGAAGUAUCGGUUUUGACCAAUUUCGUUGUUAACUUGGUUAAAACCAAGCAUACAAUAGUCUUUUCUUGUUCGCUCAAAGACUUUCAAGAAACGACUUUUGCUCUGAUGCAAAGAAACCAAUUUGUGAGUGUCGUACAUCUCAACGAUACUUAUUCCCUACCAUCUAUAUUAACUAUAGAUAGUUACGCUAGAACCUCUAUCCUAGUAAAUGCGAGAUGCAGUGGAACAUCUGAGCUUCUCUUUGAAGCCUCUGAAAAUAGAUACUUCAACAAAAGCUACCAAUGGUGUAUCUGGGGUGUAGAUCUUGACGUUCAAUCGUUAUUUCCUUUAAAACUUAAUUAUGUAGGUCCAAACGCUCAGAUUACUUAUGUAAAUGAAACCAAUGACGGCUACGCAUAUUGGGAUGUUCAUUCAAAAGGUCGCCAUUUAAAAUCGCAGUUGGAAAUACAUUUGAUAGCUACUUUAAUAAAUGGCACAAUUAAUAUUAUAAGCGAUAUAUCUCAUUUGCAAAGCAUUGAUUUUCGCGGACAAUUUAACGGAUUGACACUUAGAGGAGCCAGCGUUAUCGAUAAGGAGGAUAUAAUUUCAAACGAACAAAUUGAAUCUAUUCUUUCGCGGCCCACAAAGGACUCUGGAGUAGCUGCAUUUAUAAAAUAUCACUACGAGCUUUUGGGACUUUUACGUGAGCGUUUCAACUUCACUGUUAACUUUCGUAAUUCUAGAGGAUGGGCUGGUCGGUUGGGAAAUACUACCUUUCGGCUUGGUCUCUUGGGAAUUGUUAUGCGAAACGAGGCGGAUAUUGCCGCAUCUGGAGCAUUUAAUCGCAUUAACCGUUUCGCAGAGUUUGAUAUAAUUCAUCAAAGUUGGAAAUUCGAAACUGCUUUUCUAUACCGAUAUACUCCAGACUUAUUUACGCCUGGAGGGGAUAGUGCUGCGUGGGCAGGAAACUUUCUGUCACCAUUUAGCACCAGAGUAUGGUUCUUCUCGUUAUUAACCCUAGCUGCAUUUAGCAUAAUUUGGGUGCUAUUUGAAAUUAUAGACGGAAAGUUUUUAGAUAAAAGAGAUGGUGUUCUGCAGACAUUUGGAGCUUGUUGUCAACAGGGAAUGGACCCGAAUCCGAAAGACCGUUCUGUACGCUUUCUUGUAAUGACCCUUUUUUUGUUCUCUCUUGUAAUGUACAACUAUUAUACAUCUUCUGUGGUUGGAGGAUUGUUGAGCUCUUCAGAUCAAGGUCCGGCUACUGUUGAUGAGAUAACUUCUAGUCCUUUAAAAAUUUCAUUUGAGGAUAUCGGCUACUACAAAGUUUUAUUUCGAGAAAGUAAAAAUCAAUCAAUUACAAGACUAAUAGAAAAGAAACUGUCCUCUUCGAGAAGUUCUAAAGAACUGCCGAUUUUUAGCCAUAUUGAGGAAGCUGUUCCAUAUCUCAAGGCCGGCGGCUUCGCUUUUCACUGUGAAGUAGUUGACGCUUAUCCGGUAAUUGCUGAAUUUUUCGAUGCGAAUGAGAUCUGCGAUUUGCGUGAAGUCUCUGGCUUAAUGGAGGUUGAAAUAUUAAAUUGGAUUUUACACAAAAACAGCCAGUAUACUGAAAUAUUUCGAACGGCUAUGUGUAACGCCCAGGAAAAAGGUUUUGUGGAACGCAUUCUACGACGGCGGCAGAUUAAAAAGCCCACCUGUCUAUCACUAUACACUGUUUACCCUGUAAGCAUAUCAGGAGUUUUACCAGCAUUUAUUAUUUUAAUCUGUGGGAUUAUAAUUUCGCUGAUGCUUUUGUGUGUGGAGAAAUUGUAUGUGAGGCUGGAAAUGGCAAACUGUCGAGUUUAA